AUGCGCAACGUCUCGGAGCCGGCGGGAUUCCUGCUCUCGGGCUUGCCCGGCCCGCGGGGGCUGCAGCGCCUGCAGGCGGGGGCUCUCGCCGCGCUGUACCUGGCAGCGCUGCUGGGGAACGUCCUGGUGCUGGCGGGGGUCUUCCUGGUGCCGUUCUCGGCGGCCUCGGAGCUGUUCCUGCUCACGGCGAUGGCGGUGGACCGCUACGCCGCCAUCUGCCACCCGCUGCACUACCCGGUCCUCAUGGACGCGGGCAGCUGUGGCCGCGGAAACCGUGCUGGUCUUCGUGAACGCCGCGCUGGACGCCUGCUGCUUCCUCUGCAUCGCCGCCUCCUACGUGCGCGUCUUCUCGGCGAUGACCAGGACGCCAUCCGCGAGCAGGCCAAGGCCUACGCCACCUGCCUGCCACACCUGGCGGUCGUCCUCCUUUUCCUCUCAACCGCUUUCGCGGCCUACCUGAAGCCCAUGUUAGGGUCUGCCUCCCCCCCCACCUCGUCCCCCGACCUCGUUCUCUCAGCUGUCUAUGUCGUGCUCCCCCCGGCCCUUAACCCCGUCAUAUACAGCCUGCGAAACAGGGCCAUGCUGGCAGGUCUGGAGAAGCUCAUCACAGGGAAGCUCUUGACAAGAGAGAACGUUCUCGUUUUCCUCCAUAAAUAG